UGGGUUUUCCAGUUGUCUAUCAAACGGUUUUCCGCCCCUUUAAUGAAAGCAUUGGUUAAUUUGCACAUCAGGUAUUUGCUCAUUGGUCAGUUUUUUGUCAACACAAAGGAUCCCCUCCUCCCUUGGCCCGUCCGUGUUGUUAAACUGGGUGAGGUUCUAGGAAAGGGGAACAAGUAAAUAAUUUAAAUGUCUGAAAUGUCUUUCUUCCUUCCCAGCGUUCCAAAUAGCAACACGAGGGUCCUGGCUAUUCCAGCCGCGGCUUGCGCGUAAAUGGGCUUUAAAGUUGGUAGUUUGUCUUUAUUAGCGAGCAAGCUAAAGCGUUGGCCAUUCAUUCAUCUUGAGCCGAUGGCAGUGGGAUGGUUUUCUUUUGUGUUAGCUUGCGACCGCUACUCUGUUAUGGUGAGCUAGCUUUGGCAUGUGCAUUUGACAGGAGUGACCGCUCGAGCUAGCUACAGGCAGGAUGCGACUAGUCACCUAUUUUAUCAAGACAAAGAAGGCGCUCACUCAUCCAAGGGAAGUACAUUCGAUUUAAAACCACAGUUGACAUUGGGCGUACGGACACUGAUCUUGAGAAUCUAACGUUACCCUUAGGGAAACAGGUUUGGUAGCUAGCUGACUGGCUAAAGUGAAAGCUAGUGUAGAUACAUUUGGAUGCCGAGUGAAAAUGGCAUCUACAAAGGCUAAGGUUGGUAUAAUCAAUGAAAGCAACUCUAUUCGCGAGAGUGCUAAGACCAGCGCGAGCAGUCCCCUGUUAUUGGCCGGAGCUGCAUCGUUAUCACUGAACAGCAGGACAUACUCCCUCGAUGACUUGGACACCAUUGCCACAGUUGGCACGGGGACCUUUGGUAGGGUGUUCCUGGUGAGAGACAAGAAGAGCAGGGCUUUCUACGCCCUCAAGGCCAUGAAGAUCCCAGACGUGAUACGGCUGAAGCAAGAACAGCACGUCCACAAUGAGAAGGAAGUCUUGACAGAGGUCAAUCACCCGUUCCUCAUCAGACUGUUCUGGACCCACCAUGACGACCGUUUACUCUACAUGUUAAUGGACUACGUUCCGGGCGGGGAGCUGUUCAGCUACCUGCGUAGCCGCGGCCGGUUUGGGAACACCACGGGCCUCUUCUACUCCACGGAGAUUGUGUGUGCCAUCGAAUACCUCCAUUCCAGAGAGAUCGUCUACCGGGACCUGAAGCCAGAGAAUAUACUGCUGGAUAGCGAGGGUCACAUCCGACUCACGGACUUUGGAUUCGCUAAGAAGCUCUCUGACAGGACGUGGACGCUAUGUGGCACGCCUGAGUACCUGGCCCCGGAGGUCAUCCAGAGCAAAGGUCACGGGCGGGCCGUGGACUGGUGGGCCCUGGGGAUCCUCAUCUUCGAGAUGCUGGCUGGGUACCCACCAUUUUUCGAUGACAAUCCGUUUGGCAUCUAUCAGAAGAUCCUUGCCGGAAAGCUGGAAUUCCCGCGGCAUCUGGAUUUCUAUGUGAAAGAUCUUAUCAAGAAGUUCCUUGUCAUCGACCGAGCCAGGAGGUUAGGCAAUAUGAAGAAUGGAGCAGACGAUGUAAAAAAGCACAGAUGGUUCAAGUCUAUAGACUGGGAGGGUGUACCUCUGAGGAAACUGAAGCCACCAAUAGUUCCCAAGGUAUCUCACGAAGGUGACACAUCUAACUUUGAUGCCUACCCUGAGGACGAAUGGAACAAAGAUGCACCUGUGCCUGCAAAGGAUUUAGAAAUAUUCAAGAACUUCUAGACUGUAGCAACAGAGAAAAUGAAAUCUAGAUUUUCGAGAUGUGGAGAAAGACUCAGAUCUUCUGGAUAUUGCUGAAGAAGAGAGACUGAUAAUUUAUCUGUGAUUUCACUUGCGCAUUGUCAAAAAGAAGACUUCCUCACUUCUAUGUUUCCAAAUUUUUCAUGUUAACAAUCGAUCUUGUGUGUGGAAGAGCGGGAUAGAAGUCACCCAAAAAAGAACUUGAAGCAACAUCAUGCUAAUAUUCAUCUUAAGACUGAUCAUUUGUUUUUAUUUUUCUCUCGUGAUGGGAAAACCUCAGUCCUGAGUUUAUUUAUGUUUUUUAUUUGUUUCUCUGAGCCUUCUCCUAUUAUGCAAAAAAGAAACUUAUGGUCCUCUUCAAACCAAAGGACAUUGUUUAUGAGAAAAAAAAAAAAGGUUUAAAAUGCAAUAAUCAGGAAUUUUAUAUCUUCAUCUUUUUAUACUUUGUUGGGUUCCUUGUUUCUGUUUUUGUUGGGACUUUUAAGAACUCAACUAACUAAGCAAUGCUUAUCAUCCAAAACCGGUAUGCUCUAGUCAACUGUACAUACAAUAGAUGGUAGAUGGAAUGUACAAAUGCAGUUACUAUACUCUCAUUUACUAGUUAGUAGUUUGUACUGGACUGUACUAGAUAUUUGUCAGUGAGAAAGUAUGGAACGUCUACAGAAAAGUAAUCCAAUACAACGCCAAGCAAGCUUUGUAGUAUAUUUUUAUUGGCUGGGUACUAGUUAAAUAGGCUGUUAAAAUCUUUAGCUGUAGGUACUUUAGCCGAGCUGUAUUGCAUGUUUGCUACAAGGCUAGGAAGCACUUGUAGAAGGUGCCUUACAUCAACAAGUUGGAUGGGUCAGAAGGCUUCUUUUCGGCUGACAAUCAGUUUGAAUUGGAGUCAGUGGUACUUUUUCAACUGUAUUUAUACAACACUCAGAACUUGAGCAGUGCUGUUGACAUUGUUGACUGUUGAACAUAACACAUGUGGACUUGCUGUUGUGUAAACAAAAAAGUGUUGAUUUUUAAUGUAUGUGGAAUGACUGUUCACCCUACUGUUUUUGUCAUAGUUCACAGUGCACAUUGUCUAUGUGGAGGGGCGUGUCACUAUGUUACUGUAGGUCUCCUCCACUAGGUCAAACUGUAGAAUACAGAUCUCUGUCUGAUUUAAUGUGCAGCCAAGCUGGUGGUUCAUUCGUAGUCUCAUCACAUCGAUUGGCCAACCGCUCCAGGCAGCCAAUAAACAUGGAGAUAUCCCUGCCACCUGUCGUACCCUCCAGCCAGUAGGAAGCUCAUCAUGAAUAGAAACCCCAUUGUACAGUUACUCUGUUUGACAUUUCCUGUAUCACAACCCAAACCCUUUCGGUCCCGUGUCAACAUAGAUUAUUGGAAUUGAAAUUUGAUCACUUGUAUAAAAGAACAACAUGCUCCUUUACAAAGCCUGGAAGGCCCAUUCAGGCAUGAUAUUUUAUUUUUCUGUGUUAAAAAAUGAACCAAACUCGUCGUGAGUUUCUUCUGUCCGUUCGGGGUAUUACGGAAGGCAUGCAUGGUUGGUUACCUUUUCUUAUUUUCUUUUUCAGAGGGAAGUGUUUUACACACUUUUUAAAAAAAACAGUCAAUUUUGUUGUUUAUGUAUUAGUUAAAGUGAAACAUAAAGGAAAGAAACAAAUACUGUACUUACAAAGGGUGUGAUAUGUUGUACACAAUGCCCUUUAAACAAUGCCUUUUGUCCCAAGUUGAUGGAUUUUUUAUUUUAUUAUUAUUUUACUGUUUACCAACUUUGUAUGGCCUUUCAAACUGUCCAUGGUGCAGCACUGCAUUUAACUCCUUCCGGUACUGCUUGAAAGACCUUCACAACCAGGAUUAAAACCACCUAUCAACGGAU